UCGCCGCCAUCUUGUGUAAGAGAGGCGUCUGCCUGCACCCUGCAGUUCGGGAGAUAAGUAAUUUCGGGCUGCGGAUUCGGUCGGUGAUUCAGUGUUCAAAUCCGUUCGGUUCUGGCUCCGAUUCGUUUUUUCGUCGGCCGUAAGGAGCAAGCCCUCCUCGGAGCCUCAGUGGUGUCUCAUCUCGGGGCCGAAGGUUUAACGCCGCCAAUUCGCCUCGCUCCUCGGAGUUUGUUUCGUAGCUUAAUCCUGUUUAUAAAGCACGUGCGCACCUACAUGAUUGGCUUCCCAAAUUAAAUUAUUCUAAUUGGAUCCGAGAGUUUGCGGAGCCGAGUUUUUAUAUAGUGGAAAAUGUCGCUUUGAGCCCCAUUUCGGGUCCGCGCUCCGAGGCCUAAAUUGCGUUGCGGUGCGAGCUUUUACUGACUGACUCCGGACUCGGCUCUCGUAAGCUCCCUCUAUCACCACACCCAGACCAAAGUUGUGGCCCGCACUGGCUCUCGCUGUUCGGGAUCUCUACUCGGCCCCGUCACUCUUUCUGUUCGCCCCUCUUCGUCAGUGCUAGUGACUUUUUGCUCGUACAUCGGUGCCCGAUGGACUCAUGAUUGUGUCUUAGUUAAAGUUUCCAGCUCCGAAGGGUCAUCUACCCUUGUCAAAACGGCGAAAACAACGGGUCGAUUCAGAUAAUACAGGCUCGGAGCCCUCCGGGGUAGGUAGGCCCUCAUCAUGGCUUGUUGCCUGUCGGAAGAGGCCAAGGAACAGAAACGAAUCAAUCAAGAAAUAGAACGUCAACUUCGGAGGGAUAAACGGGAUGCUCGCCGUGAACUCAAACUUCUCUUGCUCGGUACUGGAGAGUCCGGCAAGUCAACGUUUAUCAAACAGAUGAGAAUUAUCCACGGUUCUGGUUACUCAGACGAAGACAAACGUGGAUUUAUUAAACUUGUUUACCAAAAUAUUUUCAUGGCGAUGCAGAGUAUGAUCCGCGCCAUGGAUGUGCUCAAAAUUCAAUAUGCUGAUUCUUCGUGUAGUGAAAAAGCUGAAUUAAUUCGGAGUGUAGAUUUUGAAACAGUAACAACCUUUGAAAGUCCUUAUGUCGAAGCUAUUAAAGAAUUAUGGGCUGAUGCCGGAAUACAAGAAUGUUACGAUAGAAGAAGAGAAUACCAAUUAACAGAUUCAGCUAAAUAUUAUUUAAUGGAAAUAGAUCGGGUCGCAGCGCCAAACUAUUUGCCCACAGAACAAGACAUUCUAAGGGUGAGAGUACCGACAACUGGAAUUAUAGAAUAUCCCUUCGAUUUGGAAGAAAUUCGAUUUCGCUAUCUGGGCGAUCUCGAAAGGAUAGAAUCACCAGAUUAUCUGCCCACGGAACAGGAUAUUUUGAGAGCUCGUGCUCCAACCACUGGUAUCAUCGAGUAUCCUUUCGAUCUGGACUCAAUUAUAUUUAGAAUGGUAGAUGUAGGAGGACAGAGGUCUGAAAGACGAAAAUGGAUUCACUGUUUCGAAAACGUGACGUCAAUCAUCUUUCUUGUGGCCCUAUCAGAGUAUGAUCAAAUUCUAUUCGAAUCUGACAAUGAGAAUCGAAUGGAAGAAUCUAAAGCUCUAUUCAAAACUAUCAUCACAUAUCCUUGGUUCCAACAUUCGUCAGUAAUUCUCUUCCUAAACAAAAAAGAUUUAUUAGAAGAAAAAAUUUUAUAUUCACAUCUUGUUGAUUAUUUCCCGGAAUAUGAAGGUCCUCAACGAGAUGCUAUAGCAGCUAGAGAAUUUAUUUUACGAAUGUUCGUCGAUUUGAAUCCAGAUAGUGAGAAAAUAAUUUAUUCGCAUUUUACGUGCGCCACAGAUACUGAAAACAUAAAACUUGUGUUUUGUGCUGUCAAGGAUACCAUCAUGCAAAAUGCGCUAAAGGAGUUCAAUCUAGCUUAAGUCUGUUUUGUAUGCGUUCACAAUUGUACAUGGUUCAAUUUGUAACUAUGGGUACUAUUUUUUUACUACCUCUCGAUGUAACCUUGCAAUGUGUCCAAGGAAUUUCCAUGACAUCAAAUUGACUAUUUUUUUGUGAGUGGCACUGCUCAACUUUGGUACUUUUUACCGUUCCCAGGCAGCAUUUUAUAACAAAAAAAAGUUGGAGGUCAUUGAAAUAUUGUUGUGGUUUUAUCAUAACUUCACUACCAUGAAAAAAUUGCCAGAAUUAUGAAUAUGUGAAAGAUUUUUGCGUUACAAUUCCAAGUGUUUCUGAGGGAUGAAGUUGCCUUUUAAUAUGAUAUAAUUGCCAUUCAACGUCAAUUAAAUUGUGUUAAAAUUUCCAUUCAUAUUUACUCAAUUUAUUUUUACUUCUGGUUCCAAUAAUGAUUUUAUAGAUCGUAUGCAGCAGAAGUAUCCAAUGUGAUUACCGUGUUUUCAAAGUCAUGCAACUUCUUCCUCACUUUAAAAAAUACUAAAUAUAUGUACAGUAACUCAAUUAACACAAUCGAUUUUCGUUAAAAUUAACAUUUUUUGAUAGAACAUCAAAAACUAUUCACUAUAAUAUUCCUAUGACAUUUUGAAAAAUUUCUCUCACAAUUUGACAGGAAGUUUCAGAAACUUUCCAGCAGUGAAACUGGUUCGUUGUCCUUUCAAAAGAUUAAAAUAUGAAAGGGAAAUCUACAACAUUGAAAUGCAUCCCUUUACGUAAAUACAACUGGACAAAACUUCCCUUGCUAUGUGGCAUUUAACGGGUAGUUGAAUACCUGCUGACGAUGUUUUCAAUGCACAAUAGCUGUAUUUUUUAGCUUGUUUUCUCAUGUCAGUAUGCAUGUGCCUGAAAUUUCGUCAUUUUUGUUUAAGAUUGCUGAUAACUUUUCCCGGUUGAAGGGGACAGGGUUCAGUGAAACGAGACUUUAAAACAUGUUCAUUAAAAUUGAGUCAAGGACAGUCUGGAGGUGAUGUAGGAUCAGAUUUUCUCUUGCCAAAAAUUGAAAGUCCUCCAAAAAUAUUUAGCGUGUGAAACUUGAUUCUCAGCAUUUGUUCCCUUUAACGAUGUUCGUUUUUUUUUUUAUUGGGUAGGAAAUCUUUGUAAAUCUUAAUUGGACAUUCUUCAAAUUCUUCUUUGAUGUUAACUCGCUUUCCUCUUCGGUGUUAUGCAUGUUGAUCGUUUUUUGCAUCAUUUUUGUUUGUAUGUACUAUUUUUUAUAUACAUAUUCGUUUAUGUUUUAAUGCAUGUUUUCAUCGUUUAAAUAGCUGUAAGAAACUAACUCCAACAGCCAAUUUUUUUUCUUUUUUUUUUAGCGUUUGAGUUUUUGCUGCUGAAUGUGAAUCUGUGCAUUAACUAAUAAAUCUAUUGGUCUUACAAACUC